AUGCCACUGGGACAGGUGCCCAAGCUGGUGUACUCACACGCGGGUCUCUGUCCCAACGAACUCAACCCGAACCUGUGGGUGGACGCCAUGAGCACCUGCAUGCGCGAGUGCGAGUCGGACCAGGACUGCGAGUCUUUUGAGAAGUGCUGUCCUAAUGUGUGCGGAAACAAAAGCUGCGUGGCGGCGCGCUACAUCGAUGUCAAAGGCAACAAGGGCCCCAUCGGAAUGCCGAAGGGGGCCACCUGCGACAAGUUCAUGUGCGCCCAGCAGGGCUCCGAGUGCGACAUCUGGGACGGACAGCCCGUGUGCAAGUGCCGCGACCGCUGCGAGAGAGAGCCCCACUUCACUUGUGCGUCCGACGGGAUGACCUACUACAACAAGUGCUACAUGGACGCAGAGGCCUGCUCCAAGGGGGUCUCUAUCUCUGAGGGCAUGGGACCCCAGGAAUUAAUUGACUCGCCCCCCCCAAGGUUGGAAACCACUGCCCUAAGAUUCCACCUGACCUGGCCCAACACCAGCCCGCUGCCUGACGAGACCACGCUUCACCCGACCACCGCCCUGCAGACCACUCUGCCCGCGGACAUCCAGCCUCCCGCCAUCCACAGCCCGGUCUCCCGCCAGACCGUCUUUGUGGGCGACACAGCCAGCUUCCUGUGCGAAGUCUCCGGCAAGCCCCAACCGGACAUCACGUGGGAGAAGCAGCUCAAGGGCCGAGACAACACAGUCCUCCGACCCAACCAUGUGAGGGGCAACGCCGUGGUCACCAACAUCGGCCAGCUCGUCAUCUACAACGUGCAACUGCAAGACGCUGGCAUCUACACCUGCACCGCCAAGAAUGUCGGGGGCAGCGCAUCCGCUCACUUCCCUCUAGCGGUCGUCGACAAAGAACCGCUCGUCAACAGCAGCAGCGAUCUACCGUUCCCGGCCGAAGAGUGCUUGAAGUCUCCUGACAUGGAUCAUUGUGGGGAAGACACCAUGAGCUGGUACUAUGAGUCCAAGCGGAACAACUGCUUUCCCUUCACAUACAGCCAGUGCAACAAGAAUCGCAACCAUUUCGACAUGUACGAAGCGUGCAUGUUGUCUUGUGGAGGGGAUCUGGCCGCGCCCUGCAGUCUACCGAGUCUUCAAGGUCCUUGCAAGUCCUACGAACCCCGCUGGGCGUACAACAGCGCACUCAAGAAAUGCCAGUCUUUUGUCUAUGGCGGAUGCGGCAGCAACGAGAACAACUUUGAGUCCAAGGAAGUGUGCGAGGAGUCGUGUCCGUUUCCGAAAAACCACAACUGUAAGACGUGUAAACCGCGGGGUAAGAUGAUCGCCAGCUUCUGCAAGAGUGAUUUUGUGAUCUUGGGGCGCGUCACAGAGCUGACGGAAGAGCAGGAGUCGGGGCAUGCACUCAUCACCGUGGAGGAGAUCCUGAAAGAUGACAAAAUGGGGCUGAGGUUUUUUGGGAAGGAGCCCCUGGAGGUGACUUUGCUGAAUGUGAACUGGAAUUGCCCUUGUCCGAACGUCACGGUAGCGGACAGUGCGAUCAUCAUCAUGGGGGAUGUCCACAAUGGCAUGGCCGUGCUGCAGCCGGACAGCUUCGUCAGCGCGUCGAGCAGCCGGAGGGUGAGAAAGCUGCGAGAGGUGGCGCACAAGAACACGUGCCACUUUCUCAAAGAGUUCCCCGCCGCGCAGUAA